CUCCUUCUACCUCCCACUUUCACUCCCUCACUAUCUCACUUCUUACAUCUACAUUUGCCCAUUCUCCUGCCCCCCUCACCCUUAUUUACCUUUGUGCCCUCUUUCCCCUCCUCCUCAAUAUUGUGACUGUUCACCAAGCCUGACUGCAUGAUGGAGGAGUGGAGGCAGUGUGGACGCUGGCUUAUUGACUCCAAGGUGUUACCCCCAAAUCACCGUGUUGUGUGGCCAGCAGCUCAAGUCUUUGAUUUGGCGCAGGCUCUGAGGGAUGGGGUACUGCUGUGUCAACUCUUGCACAAUCUAUGCCCUGGUUCCAUUGAACUUAAGGACAUCAACUUCAGACCACAGAUGUCACAGUUCUUGUGCCUGAAGAACAUCCGAACAUUCCUGAAAGUUUGUCACGAUAAAUUUGGAAUGAGGAACAGUGAACUCUUUGACCCGUUUGACUUGUUUGAUGUGAGGGACUUUGGAAAGGUUAUCUCCGCUAUCUCCAGAAUUUCCCAUCAUGCUGCUGUCCAGGGCAAAGGCAUCAGGCCCUUUCCUUCAGAGGAGACUGCAGUGGACGAUGAUGUUUAUCGCAGCCUGGAGGAACUUGCAGAUGAACAUGAUGUUGGAGAUGAUAUCUAUGACUGUGUCCCUUGUGAGAGCGAUGGGGAUGAUAUUUACGAGGACAUCAUCAAGGUGGAAGUUCGCCAACCCAUGGUCAGGUACAUGCAGAAUUACAUGAUCCCAUUAAAGGCUGUCCUCACUCCCCAAGAAAUGGAGGCUGUGUUCAUCAACCUUGAGGAAUUAAUCCGGGUGCAUUACAGUUUACUGAGAGCCAUUGACCUGGCAGCAAUUUCAGGAGGGAACACACUUUACAAAGUCUUCCUUGAUUUCAAAGAACGGUUGUUGAUUUACGGCAAAUAUUGCAGUCAGAUGGAAAAUUCCCAAAAGACAUUAGAUCAACUCCUGUCUUCCCGAGAGGAAAUCCGGAGUAAGAUUGAGGAGUGCACCCUGAAAGUUCAGGAUGGCAAGUUCAAGCUGCAGGAUCUGCUGGUGGUGCCCAUGCAGCGAGUACUCAAGUAUCAUCUCUUACUGAAGGAACUGCUGAGCCACUCGAGUGAGCGUCCAGAGAAGCAGCAACUGAAGGAAGCGUUAGAGGCGAUGCAGGAUCUGGCGAUGUACAUCAACGAAGUUAAAAGGGACAACGAAACCCUGAAGAAGAUCUCGGAAUUCCAGUGUUCAAUAGAGAAUCUGCACACAUCUCUGGAGAAUUAUGGGAGGCCGAAGAUUGACGGUGAAUUAAAAGUCUGCUCCAUAGUUAACCGAACAAAACAGGAUCGGGUGGGGCAUGUGACUCCAAACCUUGCUGGGCAGCUUCCCGUCAAGGGGUCGACUAACCUGGUCUUAUUCAGGAGCUUGCAGAAUUCUCAUGGCAAGAUGUGGUCCUACGCCUUUUAUUUAAUUCACCUCCAGGGGAAACAGGGAUUCCAGCUGUUCUGUAAAACUGAGGAGAUGAAGAGGAAGUGGAUGGAGCAGUUUGAAAUGGCAAUGUCAAACAUUAAACCUGAGAAAGCGACAGCAAAUUACCACAACUUCCAAAUGACGACUUUUGACAAAUUCACCAACUGCAAGGCAUGUCGGAUGUUGCUGAGAGGGAUCUUUUUCCAGGGCUACGUUUGUUCCAACUGUGGUGCUGGAGCCCAUAAAGAAUGCCUGGAGACUGCAGCACAAUGCAAGCUCAAUUUAGCAGCUGAUGAUUUGGAUGGAGGACAGCCAGUGGGAGCAGGUCCCAGAAUGCUCACAAUUCGUACGUACCUUGGAACACCCCCACCCCCUGCAGGGAAACCGAUUCUCAGCUUUCAGACUGGAGAGGUGAUUGAACUGCUGAAGGGAGAUCCAGACUCACCAUGGUGGGAGCAUUUUAUUAAACCACCUUCAAAAGGACCUGACUAUAGCACCUACCCUUGGUUUGCGGGUAACCUGGAGCGUGGUCAGGCUGACAACCUUCUAAAAACUCACAUUUCUGGCACGUACCUUAUCCGUGAGCGCACAGCAGAGGCUGAAAGAUUCGCCAUUAGUAUUAGGUUUAAUGACGAGGUAAAGCACAUUAAGGUGGUGGAGAAGGACAAUUGGAUUCACAUCACUGAGGCCAAGAAAUUUGAGAGUCUCCUGGAGCUGGUCGAGUAUUACCAGACCCACUCUCUGAAAGAAAGCUUCAAACAGCUGGACACAGCUUUACGCUUUCCAUACAAACAGCGAGAUAAGGCAGUUCAGCGUUCAAACUCUCGGACCUCAGCAUCCUCCUCCUCUUCCUACAACUUUGCUUUUCUUAGUCCUCAGGGCUUCAGUGUUGCAUCUCAGAACUCUGCUCCUUUCUGGUCAGUGUUUAACCCCCGACCUAUUGGCAUGGCGACAGCACGAUAUAACUUUGCAGCACGUGACAUGCGUGAGCUGUCACUUCAGGAAGGAGACACUGUGAAGAUCUUCAACAAAAUUGGGGGUGACCAGGGCUGGUGGAAAGGUGAAGCAAAUGGAAAGAUUGGCUGGUUUCCUUCAACAUACGUAGAUGAGGAAGGGAUGCCAUGAUUGGUCGCUGAGACCUCACCUUCUCGACAGAAACCAUUUAUUUUGCACAUUCCAACAUCCAGGAUCCAGGAUCUGAUCCUUGCUCUUGCGCUGGUGGCAAAGGAUUUUCAGCAAACUUCCUGCUUUUUACUGAUGACUCUUUUAGGAUUUUCAGAUUGGUUAUCAAAAGAUUCCUUCUGUUGUAUAUAAAUUCUUUAUUCAAAACAACCAAUCAGAAUGGGAGUAACUCUAGUCGAUUGUAGUGUUUGAAUGUUUGGGGAAGAAUGUGUUUGUACAUGAAGUGUGUGUGUGUGAGUGAAUGUGUGAGGGGGACGGGGUACAUAGGAUCCUUUCUAAAAGUCAUUUGUAAUUAUUUUACCAAGUAGCAACGCCACAAUGUAUGUGAAUAUUUUAAGGAAUGUUUUUAGGCUUAUGCCAGUGUAUAUAUUUGGAUUUAUUGUGGGUUAAAUGGAAUUAUAGUUUAAAAUUAUCACUCAAUUUGUUGAAAAAUGGAUUGAAAAUGUAAAUUGGUACAAUUAUUUGCACUGGCUAACACACAGAAAGCAGUUGGUUUGAAGAGACUGGGAGAAUCUGUGUUGCUGCUUGGAGUUGGGGUGCAGGGAAAGAUUUCAGCACAACUCACUACUCUUUCUCUGUGACAGAAGUAUACUGAGGCCGAGAAGCUGAUCAGACAGUGAUUGCAAUUCCAAGACAGUACCUUUCACAAAAACAGGAAAUAAAAGCAACUGUUUCUUUUUA